AUGGCGCAGGUCACCAUGCAGCAGGAUCACGUGUUAGGUCCGGGCGUUGCCGUGGUAGGAAGCAGCAUCCCCAGCUCCCCGCCCCACGUCGAUAACACUCACAUCACCGACCCACCUCAGCGUCCCUAUGAGUACGAAGGCCAGGGUGGAUUCUCCGACGGUUACUCGAGAGAGAAUAACCAAUUAUCGCGUGGUAGCGAGUCUUUCGGCAAUACUAUAGAAGUGCAGCAGGGAGGCCGGGAAGCUGUGAUAUACGAGGUGGAAUGUAUGGUUACUAACACCGUACCUUACCCCAUCGUCAACUUCCUCGCAUUUCCCAGGAAGAGAGACCUGGCUCACCCGCUAGAAGCUAACAUACUCGGCAAUAGAGGACAACUAACUGCCAGCAGCGACACCGUUCUCAACGUGGUGUCGGACUGUGAUCACAAUAGGAGCGAGUUACGUGUAACAGUCGUGUUCAACCAACCUUUCCGCGGAAGAAUCUACGCGAACGGUUACCACAGCAUCGCCCCAUGCACGUGGAACUUCAACAACGUUGCCGAGGCGUUCAUACAGAUCCCGUUCACAGCCUGCGGAACGUUGUCCGAGCGACCGCAACCUGGCGAGAACUUCUACACGUUUAAGAAUGCCAUUGUCGUGAUGCCGUCACGGCCCGGUAACAUUCUCACGGGAACAGAUCGCGCUUAUCCUGUCAGCUGCAAGCUCGAUAAACCCAAUCAAAUUGUCUCCUUUAAACAGAAUGUGAACACAGGCAGCCAGAUUGGAGAAGGACGGACGUAUUCCGGACCUGCACAGAGGAAAGACAAGUUGUCUGGAAAUGUCAGCACGCGGAUAUCUAUCAGUCCCAAGCAAACGACCACAGAGCCAUCUGUUGAUGAAAAGAAGCCAGAUUUGCCGAUAGUGUCUAUGAAGGUGGUGCAAGGUACGGACCUGUUCGCUACGGCUGCAGACAGACUGCUGGUCGGACAGAACUCUACUCUCAUACUCUACUACGAGGACGAUGGAUACUGGGACCUGGGUAUGGGUACGUGCUAUGCGCAUGACGGGAGCGGCUACAGGAAGAUUGAGCUGCUAGAUGCACGCGGCUGUCCCGUAUACAGACGCGUCGGCGACGUACGCAAGCAUCGCUACGGUGACGUCAUAUACAUGUUCAGCGUCUUCGAGGCGUUUAAGUUUCCCGAUCGUGAACAGUCUUACUACGAGUGCGCAGUGAACGUGUGCAAGCACGAGUGUAAGCCGAGGGACUGUACAGAAGCAAGACCUGUAGAGAAUCAGCAGAGGCGAGCAUUAAGUCGAGAUAAAGAUGGCGGGGUCGCCCGGCCGCGUCCCAACAUCCUCACCACCGACUUCGAAGAGUCGCUUCCCGAGGGAUACUACCCGGAUGUGACGUCAGACACCGAGACGUCCUUUGAUCAGAGCCUACCGGGAGAAGAGGGAACGAGCGAGGGGGGUGCGGCGGAUGCAGACUACCUAGUAAAUUACUGGAAGGAUAAGGAGGAGGAGGAGGAAGACGCUGAGGAAGAAGAUGGAGUUCAGGAGCAGCUGAAUCUCUAUUCUGGAAUACGGAUGAAACUGCCAGGAGAUGACGACUACCCGACCGAUGGAGGGUUAAAGAGCGCCAUGCUGGAAGCUGAGGCUAGUGCUCUUCCCACGUCGUCCUGCGUCGACACUGAAGUAUUCGUCAUCGUUAUACUCGUGCUAGCAGCCAUCCUUGUCGCCACCAUCGUCAUCAUCGCCAUCACCUGCAUCAAACUGCACAUAAUGGCUCAGAAGAAAUACCAAUACCAGCCGAGCCCUCCCGUCAACGGUCUGGACCUUUGCUCAACCAUAUCGACGCCUGUGAUCGGUGGACGUCGUCACGAUGCAAGCAGUUACUUCCGGCCGUGGAAUGUUCCGACGGUUCCGCUACAUGCUGACGCCGUACGCGCAGGCACGAUGGGUAAUAUGAACGUAAAGUAUAGCAUACGCAACGCCACCAGCGGCCAGAGUCAUUCGUGAGCGACUCAUAGCUUGGCUCGUAGCAGUGCGGAGACGAUGCCCUCUAGUGGAGACGAUCAAAAAUAUACGUAGCUAAAUUUAGCAGGCGGUGGGUUACGGUGAUGCCGACGAUGGUGUUCCGGAUGAAAAUGGCAUAUAUACGGAUGCCGGAACAUGCGCGUGCGUGCAUGUAUGCGUGCAUGUAUAGGCCCUACGUGUGCGCGCGUGCCUGUGUGCCCGCGUGUACUUGUGCGCGCGUGCAUGUGUGCGUGCGUGGCAGUAUAUUCGCGUGUCUGUAAUUAUAUGAUGUUUUUGUAAACAUAUUGAGGAAAUAGAAAACUAUCGCAGACAUAAUAUGUGCGGUCUGAUUUAUAAAAAGUAAAUAUAUAUAUAUAUUUCUACGUGUACAGUCAUGGUAUGGCCUAUAAAAUACUAAGAAUAUAGAAUAUAAGUUAAGAGAAAACAAUUGCAAUAUUUAUAAAGCAUAUAAAUAACUUAAUGAUAUGCGAAUUAAAAUUAAUUAAUUUUUCUAAUAUACAUGGUGCUAUAAAGUAUUGCAUCAUAAAUGCCAUCAUCACAUUUAAAGACGCUCAGUGCUUUUCUCGUGUAUUUUUUAACUUAGUUUCUUCAAUAUAACUAGAACGAUUACCGGUAAUUUUGUAUAUAAGUGUUAUACUAUAAGCUCAUGUUCGUAUAAAUAAAGCUACACUAACACCCUUUAGGCGUUUGUGGCGUUUUGGUAGCAUAUGAAGCGUGAAGAUUGCUCUAAAGGAUUAUGCGAUUACAUACGCGGGUUGCAUCAAAACAUUCUAUGAUGAUGACAUAUGUGUUUCUCUCAUCUAAUAACAGAUGGCGCUAAGUUAUUCUGUUGAAUGGUCCGAGGGUUCCCUCUUGGUAUAUAGGAGGCGUAUACCAGUAAGCCUAUUUUGUUUCUAGAAAAGGCCUUUUUGGGCAUUUUUUCGCAGAAAUUCGGCACUAGAGUGCAAUAAUUUGCAUUAUGCACGCAA